UGUUUUUUUGGCUGUGUUUGGGCCGUGCUAUUGCCGUAGAGUGUGAGGAAAUGUCCGAGCCAUUCGCUGGCACAUCCCCGGUGAUGGCUCUCCUAUCGACCCAGAAGCGGCUUUCGUCGACAUGUAGUCGCCUCUUUGAACGUGAAACAGACAUGUGCUGAUUUCUACCCUGCUUGUUAAAAGGUUGCCCCUCCCCUUGUCCCCCCCCCCCCCCCCCCCCCCCCCCCCCCCCCCCCGGUUAGUGAGGUGGUGUCUCUGCUGCCAUGGAGGUGGGUAGCCUCCCUGUAGAGCUCUGGAGGGUUAUCCUGGCCUACCUGCCUCUUCCUGACUUGGGCCGCUGCUGCCUGGUGUGCCGUGCCUGGAGAGAGCUCAUUCUCUCUCUGGAUAACACUCGCUGGAGACAGCUUUGUCUGGGCUGCCUGGAGUGCCGACACCCCAAUUGGCCCAGUCGCCCCCACCUGGAGCCCCCGUCAUGGCGGGAGGCACUGAAGCAGCAUGCCCUGGCCACCCGCACCUGGACCCAGAACGGGCCAGAGCUCCAGUCCUCUGCGUGCCUCCACUUCUUUCGGCGUAGGAAAGACCGCAGGGUUUGGCACGUGGGGUCUGGAUGUGAGUUUGAGACCCUGAGGGGUGCCCUCGGGGUGGCUGGACCAUAUGACCGAGUGGUUCUUCACCCAGGAGUUUAUGAGGAGCAGGCUGAAGUAGCGCUGAAGGUGCCUGUGGAGCUGGUUGGGCUGGGCCAGCUGGGCGAAGUGUCCCUGCUGGUGUGUGUGGAGCAGCAGUGUCCUACGGCCAGGCUGUGUAAUCUGGUCUUUAUGCCAGCCUGGUUCUCCACCGUGGUCUACAAGACAUCAUGGGGUCAUGUCCAGUUGGAUAACUGUAACUUUGAAGGAGCUCAGCUGCAAGUCCGAGGCCCAGGAACCUGCCAGGCACGCUUCUGCUCCUUCUCACAGGGCAGCUCUGCCCACUUACUGGGUGUUGCGCUCAGUUUAUUAGACAGUUGUGACUUCUCAGGAAGUGACACAGCCUCUGUGACUGUUGAAGGGCCUCCAGUGUCAGAAAGGAACUGGGCUUGCAAACACUUGGCUGCCCUUGCUCGAACGUUUCCAUCUUGUGGCUUGCCUGGGAGUAAUGGCUCACCCAGAGGCCCUCAGGCCACUGGUGAACCCAAGCUUCCACAUGCUAAUGUCAUGGUGCGGGAUGUGAGCAAAGAAGAUUGGCCUAGAAAGACCGGGAUGGAAUCGAUGUGUCAGGGUACAGUGAUCGAGGAUGGCUGGAGUGAUGGUGAGCACAGCGAGGGGGAGGAGGAGCAGCACGGAGGAGAGAAAACCAGCAACAUCAACCGCCCAUUUACACUGGGUUACAAACUCCCCUGUGACCAUCACGGCCUGUCCCACUUGCUCAAGCCCCGGUCAGAUGGCUCUCUGCCACCAGCCUCCUCUCCUGACCCCCCUUCUGUGGCACAUCAACCUCUCUCCCUUCAGCAAGAGCUACAGAAGGACCCAGAGGCUCAGAUGUUGGCAGCAUCCAUUCAGGGCUGCAUCCUGAGGCGCUGCCUCUUCCGGGAGGGGAAGGGUGGUGUGCAUUUGUGUAAUUAUGGGCAGGCUCGGCUGGAGGGGAAUGUGUUUCGUGGGCUGAACUAUGCUGUCCGCUGUAUCCAGAAUGCUACAAUAGUGAUGUUGCGAAACGAGGUGAGCGAAUGCCGUGCAUCCGGUGUGUUCCUGCGUCUCUCUGCCCAGGGCCUCAUUGCAGAAAACAACAUCCACUCCAAUGGAGAGGCAGGGCUGGACAUCCGCAAAGGAGCCAACCCUAUCAUCUUGUGUAACAGAAUACACAGCGGUUUGCGCUCUGGUGUUGUUGUCCUUGGAAAUGGAAAGGGUUCCAUUCGGAGUAACCAGAUCUAUAACAACAAGGAAGCAGGUGUCUAUAUCCUCUUCAGCGGGAAUCCAGUGGUCAGUGGGAAUCUCAUCUUCCAGGGCCAAGCAGCAGGAAUUGCGGUAAAUGAGAACGGCAGAGGGACAAUAACAGAGAACGUGAUCAGAGAGAACCAGUGGGGCGGUGUGGACAUCCGUAGAGGAGGUGACCCCAUUCUGAGGAACAAUCACAUCUGCCAUGGCUACUCAGAUGGGGUGGUGGUGGGGGAGAGGGGCCGCGGACUUAUAGAGGGAAACUACAUUUAUUGUAACAAAGGCUGUGGUGUUUGGGUUAUGUCCUCCAGCCUCCCACAGCUCCUUGGCAACUACAUCACCCACAACAGCAUGUAUGGGCUCGCCGUGUUCUGCCGGAAGGACCCCGAGAACAAAGAGGCCAGACAGGGGAGCUGGCCAGGCCACGAAGCGGUUGAUGCAGGGGAAAGGAGAGGAGGAGAGGGGGGACGAAGAGGGCAGGAGAACUUGAAUGAGGAAGGAGAGUUGUUUGCAUGGGAGAGCGAUCUGGACAGUGAGGAUGAACGCCAUUCUGCCCGUCGUUCCAUCAGUGUGGCCUUGGUAGAGGGCAACUGCAUGAGCUACAAUGGAGCGGUAGGUUUGUAUGUGAAGAGCAGUGAGCCACUGAAUGUUGUUGCUAACCUCGUAAACAGUAACCGUGGCACUGGAAUUGCAGUGCUGCAGAGCAAUCAGUUGACACGGCUGGUUACAAACUGCAUCCUUAACAACACACGAGGUGGUGUCACAGUGGAGAGGGACUGCCGGGUGGAGCUCCGUGGUAACGGCAUUUACAAAAACGGUGGCCACGGCAUCAGUUUCUGUGGUGAUGGGCAGAUUGGGGAGAAUGAUGUGGUUGGUAACCGUGGAUACGGGAUUCAGGUGUCUGGCUAUGCUGAUGUCAAGGUGCUGCGUAACCGUGUCCAGCCGACACAGGGGUGUGGCAUCGCCGUGCUAGGGGCAGUAAAGGGCACUGUUCAUGACAAUCUCCUGUUCCAGGGCCACCCUGGCAACAAAAAAACACUGCUACACACGGACCCUGGCAAUGAGAGCUGUGUGCUGCGCAACAACAGCAUUCUGAAGCACAGUAACAGCUUUUCUUCUGCCUCUCCCUGGGCUCUGGAAAACCCUUCCCCUCGCCCAAUUGCUGAACCUCCCUCUGGCCCAUCUUCAUCCCGAUACCCGUCCCGACUUGCAGUCUCUAUGACCACCAGGAUUAGUGCCACUGUGGAAAGUGGGUGCCAUAACAAUGGCAGUAUGUUCUGCUCCAUCCUGUGAACACUGGCAAGCACUUAACAAACCACUAUGAGUGACCUCAACAGGAGGAGAAUCUGAACUGGGUUAAAGGCCUAGUUCUCUGACUUUUCUCAGAGAAGACCUUCAAAAUUAUGCCCUUCAGUUAAGAGUGGAGUGACCACUGAAGAAGAACCAAGCUGUGACGGAUUAUCACCACUUGAGGAACCAUCCAUCUCCCAUCAUUUCACAAUGUGAAACCCAACUUUUGUAAUCCUAUAAUACCUUGCCAGUGCACUCAUCAGAUGUGGAAAAAUACUGAACUUAUUUAAGUAUGGAACUCCACACAUACAGGUGCAUCUCAAAAAAUUUGAAUAUCAUGGGAAAGAGCUGUAAAAGAGCAAAUACCAUCAUGUGAUGAUUUGUGUUAGCUUCUGGUUAAAAAGGAAGUGACAUACUUAGGGGUGGUUAUAACAAACAUUAUAUACAGUUCAGAUGAGCUGAAGGGCCUUAUCAAAGCAGCCUGGGCUUCCAUAACACUUCAGCAGUGCCGCAGGUUGAUCACCUGCAUGCCACACCGCAGAAAUGCAGUCAUUUGUGCAAGAGGAGCCCUAACCAAGUACUGCAUGCAUCAAUGAACAUGCUUGUCAGAAGGUUGAUGCAACAUUUUUAUAAACCCUUUUUCGAUUGCUCUUAUGUAGUCUAAUAUUUUGAGAUAUUGAAUUUUUGAUUUUCAUGAACUAUAUGCAGUAAUCAUGAAAAUUAAAACAAAAAAAGGCAUGAAAUAUUUCACUAUGUAAUGAAUCUGGAAUAUAUGAAAUUACAGAAAAAAAAGAACUUUUCCAUGAUAGUCUAUUUUUUUGAGAUCCACCUGUAUCAGCAUUACUCAGCAUUUUAAACAUACUCAAAGCUUUAACUGUAUUGAAGUUCAAGUUUUUUUAUAUGCAGAUUUCACUAUCAUGUGUAUGGCAGCUGCUGCAGAUUUACAUCAGUUUCAUCAGUGAAUUCUGAAACAGCAGUUCAAGUGGACAUUAUUUGGAAGUCUUAGCAGUAGUGAAGGCUUCAAAAUGCCCACUUUUAACAGCACAUUUUGAAGUAAAGCUGUGCCUUGUUUGAGUUUUUCAUUAGUGCACUGAUCCUAGCUAGAAAAUAUUUCAUAAUAUGAAGUGUAUAUGCAAAAAAAAAACAACAAAAAAAA